AGUACGCCACCUUCUGUUUAAACGUCAAAUAACUUUUUUUGUAUGGCUGCGCUAAACAAAAUCAAAACAUUACGUGCCAGAAAAAAAGAUCACAAAUUAAGUGCGCUGCGAGCGAUAGUAGAACGCAUAUCAUAAAUGCUGCUGAUAGUGGAAGAAAAUAAGCAUACUAGCAACAGUAGCAACCAUCCACCAAAUUCCUGCCCAGUGCCGCGUAUCUGUCCCGUCUGAUGUUCAAUGGCGGACAGCGACCACCACAACGAUAGCGAUGGGUUGAGUCUGUUCGAUAUCGUCUGGGAGGAUGUGCUGUAUGUGAAGCUGUUUCCGCUGCUUUCGUUGAAGGAUCUGUUUAGCUUACGGUGCUGUUCGCGGCUGGCCAAAACCUUCGUGGACAAUGGGCUCCGCCGGCUGCGCGAGAUCAAUCUGUCCGGGAACAAUUCGCCCCACCUCGAGCUAGCGUUUGCGGUGCUGGCCGAGCACUGUCGUAAUGUGCGCGUAAUUAAUCUGGCGCGCUGUAACUGGCUGCAGGACAGUGUGCUGUGUCCGUUGCUCAAGUAUAACCAUAAGCUAACGAAAAUCAAUCUAAGCGACUGUCUGAACAUAACGCCCCGUUCGAUGCAACCGAUCAUUAUUGGGUGUAAGCAGCUGACCACGCUGAAGCUGUCCCGUUGCCACUGGUUGACGAUCGGAGCGAUGGAAGCGCUAACGCUGCACCACACCAAAAUCCAGGAGCUGGACAUUUCACACUGCGCGGCGCUGAACGAACGGUGCAUCACGGUGUUUCUGCUAAACUGUCGCAUGCUGAAGACGCUGUCGCUCUCGAACGUGCCCGCAGUGACGGAUAACUUGCUGCUGGCCAUUGCAAAGCAUUCAAAGUUCAUUAAAAACCUUAAUCUGGUCGGCUGCUACCUUAUAACCGAUCGUGGCGUGCUAGCGAUUUCUAUAUGCUGCAAGGAGCUGGAGUCGUUAAUGGUGCGCGAGUGUCCGCACGUAACGGAGCACAGCCUGGCGGUGCUGCGAGGGCGCGUGUUCAUCGAUAGGCCGCGCGUUUACCAGCCGGACAUGAAUAUGGUUCCAAAUAUGGGCUUCCCGCGCCUGUUUCUGCAGGUGUAGUAGCUAGGCUUCGCACCGAUGCCAUAAUACUGGGAUAAUAAUAAUUUACAUGGAAAAGGGUGUGAUAGUUAUCAUAAUAUAGUUAACAAACGUGACAUAUAUAUACAUACAUACAUACAUAUAGAAAUUGCACGCUGCGCGCAUUGUACAUAUAGAGAUCGUGUGCAAAGAACACACGCAAUAGGGAACGAUACUUACGACGGCCCUUUGUACACGGAAACAGAGGCCAGGUUCGUUAAAGUUUUAAAAACAAAAUACACGUAAUUUAUUGAUUUCGUCUAUUAUCGGCUAAACCAA